UUUCUUUUACAUUUUCUUAUCAAUUGGUGUUUUGAGAAAGUGCCUCUAAAAUAUUAAUUUGAAAUUCGUAGAGCUCCCAUAGUUACAGAGGCUUAAAGGCUGUUCACCAGUAUUAGUGCUAAAUGUAUAGCAAACUUUAAACGCGUUUUUCUCGAAACGACAUUUUUCAAGUCGGGGGCUCGUUUUUCUCGAAAACUAUUGGACCGGCUGACUUUUAGUUUUACACACAUUUCGAGGGCACCAUCGCCUAUGGUCUGAACUAGAAUUAUACCGAUAGCUUGAAUAUUUUAGCCCUGCUCUCAUAUUUUAGUUGACAAUUUUCCGGGAUAAUUAAACCUUAAUUUUCAAACAGCUGCGAUUCCGAUAAAAAAUUUAGUACUUACUCAAUUCUAGUUCAGACGGUAACUACAUUCAUAUAGAUUGAAAAAAAAAAUUUGUUUUUCUGUCUCAGACAACUAGAACCCGCCACAGCCUGUGCGCCCGAUUGAACGAGCGUCUCGCGCCACAACCUGCAUAACAGCGCAUAACUUGUAUAGAUUUCAAUGAAGUAAUUCAUAAAAAUUUGUGUUGUUAGUUGAAACGUGUUUUAUUAUGCAUAAAAACGCCUGGUACUGUAGGUUUGAUAGUUUUCGCAAAAUUAAUUCCUAAAAAUUACUGAAAAAACAAACUUCUAGACGAUAAUAUCCCCUUAAUGUUGAAUCGCUUCUUGCGAGCCCUAAUAUUGCAGCUUGUCUAUGUAUUUUUGGUUUCUUAAAAGAAUGUAAACUGCGGAUAUAAUAUACACGUAAACUGUACUAUACAUACCACUGUAUGUAUGAACCUCAUCUGAGGUUCUCAAAUAAUUAAGUAAAAAAAAAAGAAAAAAAAAACAUGUGAUAUAAUUUAAACCGAAUUGAUCGAUUUUUAGCGAUAAAUCAUGAGCCAGGGGGAUCAAGAGAAGAGCAUGGAUAAGAAGGAAAUCGCCGAGGAGGAAAGGGAGAAGAUGCUGAACACCGAAAAUACCAAGCACGCGGUGGCAUCGCCCGCGCCAGACUCGGAAUCCGAAGAACAAAAGCCUAAAAAGAAAAUCCCGAUCGGUGGUAUCAAGAUGCCUGGCUUUUGUCGUACGAAGAGCAAGGAACCUUGCAAAGACGAUGAAAGUAAACCCGUUGAAUCGAGUGAUGGUGAAGUGACCGAGAAAAAUGCUAAAGAAAACGAGCAAAAUAUUUCCUCGGAAAAGACAAACACGCCGAGCAAGGACGCAAAGGAGAAAGAAGCACGAAAGGGAAUUCUCGACGCCAUAAAGUUACCCUUAGUCUCUGUUUUCCCUCGAAAGAAGAAGGAAGGCGAAGUGGAAUUGGGAACAACCGGUGCCGCCGGAUUGGCUAGCGUGGAAACACUCGACGAUGGUGUAGGUGAGAAAAAUCCCAUUGCCAACGAAGACGGUAUGGAAACUGUUCGUCUCGACGGAGAUGCUCCCGAUGGUAUCGAAUCUCCGAAGCAACACUUUCUCGUUGCUUGCAUAUCCGCUGCAAGGAUGAAUUUGUUCGUGUUAGUAGCGACGCUGUGUAUCGUGAUAUCCGUCAUCAUCAUCAUCUGCGUUGCUUCUGUCGGCCCGAGAAAGUCUUCUACGCAAUUAGUGAAGGAUGGAAACUACGUCGAAACUGUUGCUUCUUGCGGUUCAGUGCAAGGGAUAUCGGAGGACGGUGCAUUUGCAUUUCGCGGGAUCCCAUAUGCGAUUCCACCGCUGGAAAAUCGUCGUUGGCAACCUGCGGAACCAUUACGAAGAAUCGAACACUGUUGGACGAAUACUUUCUUGGCACAUAAUUCUUCGGAUGUCUGUUUGCAGCGAGAUGCUUCCGGCGGUGUUAUUGGAACCGAGAAUUGUUUAUACUUAGAUGUUUUUACGCCUGAAAUCAGAUACGAUUCUUCGCCUUUGCCGGUAGUCGUUAUGAUCGGUGCAGAGACCCUUACCAGCGGCUCGCCCGGUGUAAUGCAGCCAUCUGCGAAGCUGGCGCGUGUUCGCGAGAUGGUUUUCGUUAGACCAAACUUCCGAUUAGGAGUCUUUGGUUUCUUAGCUGCGGAACCACUUUCGCGAACAACGCAUCCCCCGACAUCUGGAAAUUACGGACUCUCCGACAUUAUAGCAGCACUCCAAUGGGUUCAACUCAAUAUCGAACAUUUCGGUGGUAACAAGACAUCCGUAACCGUGUGGGGUCACCGAGCAGGGGGAACCCUUGUUACAACGCUAGUUGGCACUCGCCGAGCAAAGGAUUUAUUUUCGAAAGUUUGGAUAUCCAGUGGAAGCGCGAUAUUUCCUGGCAGAGAACUAGAGUUUUCGGAGAAGCUUAACGAACAGUUCCUGAACUCUGUAAGGUGCACGGACGCUGCCUGUUUGAGAAGUAAAAGCGCCGAGGAAUUAAUGGACUCUAUUCCGGAGACUUGGCAUUUGGGAAACGUUGGACUACCCGAGACCAGGGAAGCAACAUCGAAAGAUAGGAGACACGAGUGGCUCGUCCUUGACCGUGCUAUUCUUCAAGAACCGGUUGGUAAGAUUUGGGCAAGGGAUGAAUUUUCAACCAAGAUCAUGAUGGGCAGUACAGCUCACGCUGGAGCUCCGCUUAAAUACCUCAAUUCGAACACCACCCUCAAUUCCACGCAAGUCGAGAAGAUUGUACGGGAGUCCUUGCUGGGAACCACUGGUUUAGCCGACAUAGCUCUCAGACGUUACAAUGCAACAUUGAAGGGUUUGCUGAGCAUGAUUUCGGACAUUCGCGUAAUAUGCCCAUUGCUGACGGUUGCUCGAAUGAAAACAAACAUUCCAUUUUACGUAGCGACACAACCGCGAGGUCAAAUCGCCGACCCGGACAGCGAUGCUGCGGCGAUACUUGGAUCGUUCGCUGCGCGUACGACCGCGGAAACAAGGCAUGUCAACGCGAUGCAGAAACUCUUUAACCACUUUGUUUGGCACGGCGUAGUAACUCAGGCGGAUACCAAUGGUGUGAAACGAGUUCUCGUAGUUGGACAAGAUACGCUUCCUGAACAUGACUAUCCGAAUUGCGACGUUUGGAUAGAAAAAGACAUAGUACCGUCUUACGGCCGAGUGGAUUAAAUUGUUCUUCUCGUUACAUGUCUAACGGAGAUUUCGGGGUAUCUGUCAAGUUCGAGAUACUCUUGACAAAGACAAUUUGCUUUCGAGUUUCUCAAACUUGACGAGUUGUUCCUGAGACAUUCAAGCCGCGAGAUACGAAUCGGACAAGCGUCGAAAGAUCGCAUCGACUGUCGAUGUCGGAUUGAACCGACGAAAAGGGGAGGGAUUUCUUUUAUGUACGUAUGGCUCGUUCUAAAAAAUAGAACAUUCCGAUUUUUGUCUUCUAUUUAAAUUGAACUGAUCGUUAAAUUCUUAAGCAAGGGAGCGGUAGUCGAUCAGGGAUUCUGAUUUUUACAUUUACGUCUUCUCUCGCAUCUCGCGUUGCUUUAAAAAAAAUCGAUAUUAUUUAUUGUACGAAAUACUUAAUCGAUAUACUCCACAUACGAAGUGGAUAAACGCGGAAUGAUUUUUAACACUGCUAAGAUUGCGCGAUUCCGCACUUAACGCGAGCGAUAAAUAUUUCGACACGGAAAGUAUUUAUUAACGAGAUUUUCGAAGAUUUUACCGUUUAAAUAAUAAUACGGUGGGAUUUGCCCUCUUCUGCGAGUGUUUCCAACAAACUCAAACUCAGGCGUGAGUUGUUAAAGUUUAUCGAGUAUCGGGAAACGAAAGCACGUUAAGUUAUUUCGCUUUAAUGUAUUGUUUUAUGUACACGAACGAAACAGGUAUCGUCGUUUUUAACGAACUGCCAGAUAUUCACGUAAUAAGUAUUCAGGUGUCUGUAUCGACGGUAUUCGUCGAUUUUGUCACUGUACAUUACCGUUGCUCUCUGUUUUUACUUGAAUGUACUUAAAUGUAUUCCUGCUCCCAUCGUAUCACGAGCAUGGGAAACAGAUGUAAUUUCUAAACUGUAAGACUGAUUUUACAGAUUGGCAUUUCAUUAACGUAUGAAUGUCUUUUGUAUUAGUUUUAACCAAAUAGCUUUGUAGUAUACAAGACCUGUCCUAUAAACAGUUCAUUUGUACUGUAAAUUAAGAUAUGUGCAAAGAAUACUUUAAUCUCAUUAUUUCGACGUUGAUGUACACUUGUAAAAUAUGUGAUCACGAUCACAUUUUUGUAACGGAAGAUUGCACCGUAGCACACGCAUAUUCUUUCAACUUUAAAAUUUUGCUAGAUUUAAGAAUACCAUUUCUAUCUUUCUUACUUAAUAAUUAUCAUAGAAAUUGCAAUUCUCGAAGUCAAUUAUUUAUUAAUAAAAGGUGACGUUUGUAACUGUUCUUAAGUCUGGUAAAAUUUUAAGAGCUGAAAUCAUUUUUAGUUCGCUAUGCAUUCGGAUGUUUGUAUAUGAUAUUUGAAGCAAAAUAAAAUAAUGUAAUUCAUCUUUUUUAAUCAACAGGCGAAAGAUUGUCAUCUAUCGUAAUCGAGUAUAUAAUAAGUAUUAUUUAUUAAUAUAAUCAUAACGAUCGAUGAAUUUUAGUGUCGUUAUACCAUUUUUUAUUAGUAUUAUAUUAUAGUAUCAUCGAUAUACUUUAAUGUUCAACAUAUCUCAUCGUACGUACGUAUUUGUCUAUAAAAAAGAAAAUUAGUAUUAAACUGGCAAAUUUGAAAGAAUAUAUUUUUCAUUCGAUUUGUUAUAAACAAAAAGUAUCGCAAAAUAAUAUCGUGUGAAUUUAUUUAAGAAGACACAGAGGGCUAUAUAAAGUACAUUUCGCCAUUCAUAACACGUAAAAUAUAAUAUUUUUGAUUAAAUCGUAUAAUAACGAAUUUGACCAAAGUAGGACGCUUGUGCAAUUUACUAACAUUUAUAUUAAACAAUUAUUAUCAACCGUAAUCGUGUUAACAAUAAUACUCCUAGAAUGUCAUGACGUUACUGAAGGUACAGGUAAUGACAAUAAAUUAAUGUUAACAUUAGCGUUAAUAUUUUCGAAUACACGCACGCAACAUUUCCGUUUAAUCUUCUUUGCGGGAGAUUUUAAAAAUUACUCCUAUAAUUUACGUUCACUUAGUUUCAGAAGUAAGUAAAGUAACAUCGUUUCGAAUUGUCUUGCUUUUAACAUUAUAAUUUUGAAUGUAGAUUGCUGGAUAGGCUCUUUUUUUUCUUUUACUUUUACGUUCAGCAUUCAUGUACCAUGCACGAAUAAAUCCUACAACCUCUGCUUCCUGAGCACCACUGACGAAGAAUGCGCAUGAUUGAUUAAUCGUUUUUUAUAUACAUAGAUAUGAUUGAGAACCACUGUUCGGAAUUCCUUGGCUACUUGGUCGACAGUCUUACGUUUUAGAGUUAGUGGAGUAACGAUAAGUGCAAUGUUAUAUAGUGUUGGUUUGGUAUAGUACAAAUAGUUGUUCUCUGAAUCAACACAACAGGUAUCUUACGGUUUACGACAGAGCAUCUUUGAAAUUAAACGAGCCACUUUCUUCGAACGUGAAUUCGUGAAAAAUAUAUAUCGACACGACUCAAAUGGAAUCAAAGGAACGGUGAACCGGUGAAAAAAAGUUCUAUUUUCGAAAGCGUUCGCGGAGUAUACGGAUAAAUUCCUUGCAUUCCAACGUUGGUCCAGGCUCCCGCGGGGCAACAUCUAGAUGAGAAUGUUACUUUUGUGAUUACUCAUUUAGUGACAUCCGAGGAAUGUG